GUCAUCUCCCGCACGCCUGUCACAUCAACGCAGGUUUUUGUGUCGUUCGUGUCGCUGUCGGCGCUUGUUCCGGUUUGUCAUGAGCACAGUGGCUCCUUGGAAUUUUCGCUAGAUUCGCGGUUUCUGUGACUUCGUCUCGAUUCUAACAAGUGCGUGCUGGGCUCGCUAUCCUGUCGGCCGCUUCGUGCAUUCUUCGGUGCGGACAAGACCCGUCCCAAGCGUGGGAAUCUCCCAAAAACAUAUCAGCGGACCAGCGAGCGAGCGGAGUGAUUUGUUCCGUUGGGCCUUUGACGUUUUCACGGUGCCAGGAUUCGUUUGACGGCCAAGCGUGAGUGCGUGUGCAUGCGAGGGUUUGGAAGUUCGUCCUUGUUAAGGCUGUGCUCCGGGAACUCGUCCGUUCCCGCUGAGAAUUCUCGAGUUUGAAGGGAGCGAUCGAGCCAAACGGCGGUCGGGGCAGUGCAACAGUUCCGGCCGUGGGUUUUGUUGAUGGACGAGCGGAUUUUCUCUGAUGAAAUUGCUCAGAACUUGGUGGUGCCGAUAAGUCACGGAUUCUGCCUUGCGUUUCGUCGAACCGCGGCGACGAGUCCUUGUGUCGUUUGUUGUGUGCGUUUCGUGUAAAUUCGCCGUCCUCCGACUCGCUCUCGUGUGGGGUCGGUUGCACUUUGUUGAAUUGUUUUUGACGGAAGACCGGACACAUUAGGGCGCGAGUAGUGGUGUGCGUGGAUGCGAGGUGACGGAGUAUUGCCAGAUUGAGCGGUUUCAAUGCCGUCAAGACGGGAGCGGCGCGACUACGAGCUAUGAUUCACUGACAAGUGUGGCGGAGGCCCGAGUGUGUGCAAAAAUCUUCACCUGCCGAGCCCGUGUUUCUCUCGAGUAGGAAAUGACCGAUCGCUGCGUGCAGACCCUGUGAGAAGUCGGCUGUGUCCGUGUCCUUUGUGCGGCUGCAACCCGUUGCCCGGCCAGGCAUCCCCCGAGGGCGAGACGCUCGCCGUUGCCUUGUUUUGCGUCAAGUGCGUCCUGUGAGAGUGUGAGCGCCGCUUCGCGAUUUACCGACACACGCACAGCCGCCAGCGCGCCGUCGUACACGUACACGAGGGUGCGUAUAAACCGCUCGUAGGGGUGUGUGCGUCCGUCUCGUCGCUGUCGAGACGAGAACAACAACAAAACUCGGUGCAAGUCCAACGAGACUCGGAGCUUGAGUGCGGCCUUUAACCCCCAGCUGGUCGUGAGCCUGGUCGCCGCCUGCAGGACUGUGUCGCGAUCUCGUCCUGCCAAUCCACUUCCGAUUGCGUGCCGGCCGGACGUAGCAGGCACGACACUGCCGUGCAACGAAUCGCCAAUGCAUUGCGUGAAUGCACUCGACGCGUGAGUGUGUGUGAUUUUUUCUGUCAUCUGUCGCGGGGUUACCAGGUUUGUCGCCCGGUUUGCAAGUGACCCAACACGCCAGGAUUAUUGCUUAUCAGCGAGAACGUGUGCUGCCACAAUUACGCAUUUAUAAACAAUUCAAAAAGUGAAAUUAGUUCCGGCAGAGAAAGUAAUCGUCCGGCAAGGCGUCUCCACCAUUCAGUGCUAUAAUUUUCCAAAUAUAAAAAAAAAGUAUCUUUAAUUCAAUUUUGUGCAUUUCAUUUAAUUUUCAGUAUCUUCCAAGUUUAGCGUUAAGUUCUCAAAGGCAAUUGGUGAUAGUUUGUUUUUAUCUUAUAUUUUCCCCGAAAGUGCUAGUUAGUUAUCUUUUGCGAGCGCACGGUGCAUGGGUUCAGUUAUUUUCCGUUUAUUUCAAUAUUUCAAAUGCAAUUCAGUUCAAUCUUUAUCCGAGCGUUAAUCGAUAUAUCUUCGAUAAUUACGACCUAAUAUUUGUUAAGUUUACAAAGUGCUAACACGAAACGACCCCGCCAAAGUUGGUCUUAUCGAAUUGUGCGAGCGAAGAUAAAAGCCAGCCAGAAAUUGGAUAACUUUUGCUUUUCAUUGUGUUCGGUGAAAACGUAAGGAAAGUUCUUAUCUAAUUUCUACUGCAAAAAUGCGCGAAUUUAAAGUUGUCGUUUUGGGAUCCGGCGGAGUCGGUAAAUCCGCUCUGACCGUGCAGUUCGUUUCUGGAUGCUUUAUCGAAAAAUAUGACCCGACCAUUGAGGAUUUCUAUAGGAAAGAAAUUGAGGUUGAUAAUUCACCAUGCGUCCUAGAAAUUUUAGAUACAGCCGGUACAGAACAAUUUGCAUCGAUGCGAGAUUUGUAUAUAAAAAAUGGUCAUGGCUUUAUUGUAAUGUAUUCAUUAACAAAUCAUCAAACAUUUCAAGAUAUAGCAAAUAUGAAAAGUGUAAUUAGUCGUGUAAAAGGUAGUCAACCCGCACCAAUCCUCCUAGUCGCAAAUAAACUCGAUUUAGAAUGCCAAAGAGAAGUUUCAACAGCCGAAGGAAACGGCCUAGCACAACUUUGGGAUUGUCCAUUUAUAGAGGCAUCAGCCAAAGACCGUAUUAACGUUAACGAAGUAUUUGCAACUAUCGUACGGGAAAUGAAUAUGACAUCGGAAAAACGACAGAAGAAGAGUUACUGUUGUUGUACGCUUUUAUAGAAAAUUUAUUCACAUAAUCAUAUAAAAAAACAUGAAAAUUUCAAAAUAAGUAAAUAAAGCAUAAUUGAAAACUAAAAGUAAAAUAAUGAGGAAACAAUAAAGAAAACUAUGCAUACACACAAAAAAUAUAAAAAACUCUAUAUAUAAAUAAAAUAAUAUUGAAUGUAAUAAUUAAAUAUAAUUAUAAUAAUUGCUAUAAGGAUAGUAUGGAAAUAUAGAAACGAAAAGUCAACUCAAACGAGAGAAAAACAAUAAAGAACGAAAUAAGCCCGGGACGGUAACGCUUUCGAUACUCGAAGGGGUUAAAAACAAAAGAAGAGAACAUAUGACUAAAUGUAGUAGCGAAACGUGAAAAUGCAAUUUAUAUUGAACUGAAGAACUUGAGAAUAAAAUCUACAACAAUAACAAAGGAUCUAUUUUAUAAAAACAAUUGAAGAAAAAAAAAAUAUCGCAAAAAACAUAUAAUUUUUUUACAAAUAGAAAGAAAAAAUAAUGAAGCGAAGGAACCAUGGAUCUACAAUAAUAAUUAUAUUUUACUAUUAGUGUAAAGAAACGAAUGAAAACCAUAUGAUCUUCAAAGUAACAUAAAACUAAUCUUAUAAACUUUCGUAUUGAAAUGAGAAGUAAAUUAAUAUUAACGGAAACAUAUUGAGAGUAAAACAAAUUCAUAACGACAUAAAAUUCAUCCAUACAUCAAAGAAAGAUACAAAAAAUCCAUAUGUUAGUAUAAAAAUCUAUAAAUUGUCAAUUUCAUUUUCACGCCUAUCUCUAGACAACUACAGCUAACUCUUUCGUUUUUUUUAAACAUUUCUUUCUCACGAGUUUUUCGUUUCACCCUUUUAUAUAUCUUAUUUAAUUGGAUCGAUUUGUUACAUGUGAUUUUUAUAAGUAAACUGUUUUAAAUGGAAAACUAUUUUAUCGGAAAAAAGUGGACAGAACGCUUUUUACAGAUUUCUAUUUACACAAAACUUUGUAUCGAUUUUUUUUCGAAAAUUUAUUUUGCUGCUGCUCUAACUUUUGUAUAAUAAUUAUCUAUUAUAAUUUUCCACUGGUUUUUAUGAAAAUUUGUCACUGAUUUUUUUUUAAGCUAAACAGAAGAAAAGUAAACGUUGGCAUUUUACAAAGAAAUUACAUUCUCUUUUUCUAUUUGUUGCAUUCGCUGUGUACUAUCUUUUUUGGUUUAAUUUUUUCGGAAUGCUUUCCUAUGUAAUUCUACUAUUGGAUAUUAUUGAAAUAGGUUUCUCCAGAGAAUAUAUUGAAACAUGUCCUAAAUGUGAAAUAUAAUUACGAAGGAAAUUAACACUACGGUGGAGAAUUAGGUGAAAUUUUAAUUUUUGCUGUGAGCUUAAGUAAAUACGAUGAACUGGGAAUAUUAUUGAUAUACUGACGACAAACGAAAACCACUUCGACCAGGAGUGAAUCGAUAAAUUUAUUAUUUAAAUUGAUAAUGAAAAAUUUGUUUGUUUUGUUGAAUAAUUGAAUUUGCGAUGUAAAAUAUAAAAUGAAUAUGAUUCUAAUUUAAUGAAAUGGAAAGAUAAUGGGGAAAAUUCAAUUAGGGAUAAAUCCCUACAGUUUUGUUUUCCAAUUUUCCAAUUGAUUGCUUUGAUUUUUUUUUAAUAACUGUCCAGGAUCCCUUCAGACCCACAAACCUUUGCAUGAAAAAGAAAAAAGAAGACAUUCGGCUUCCAUGUCUUUCCCUUCGGUUGAUUGAAUCCUUUUUAGAAUAACAUUCAAAAUUAUUUGAUAUUUAUGCUUCCAUGUAGCUAAUAUGGUGCUGCAAAUCCACUCGCUUGGAUAUUCCAUAUUUCUCGAGACUAAGACCAUUUUACAGCAUGAAUAGAAGUAUCUUUAAAAUUUACUUCGUUUUUACAUUUCUUUAACUCGAAACCAUCGAGAGCAUCGAAAGUCAAAGCAAUCAAUUCAAUGGUUUAGUAAAAUUUAGACAACUUUCGUUACAUUUUUUAAAAGUCAAAGAAAUAAAAACGAAUGGAGUUUUUCUAAUGUAAAAUGAUAGGUUUUAAGAGAGGAGAGAACAGGCACAUAUUUGCAAUGAAGCAGGAUCAUCGAUAAGGAUAUUACAUACUAGUGAAAGCAAACUAUUAAAAGAUAUAAUUUUAAAUGUAAAAAAAUUUAAAACAGACAAAAAUUCGUAUUAUAUAAAAAGAAACUGUAAAAAAUCAAAAAAA